CUCCUCCUCACCCAUCAUGGCGGACGUGCGCUUCCCGCCGUUCCGAGCAGCGGACGAUUUCGUCCUCGGCGUAGCGCGAUUCGGGGCGCCGGACAUGAACGACCCGGCGAGGUGGAACAACAGGAUCAUCAACAACCUGCUGUACUACCAGAGCAACUACGCCGCCUCCAUCGUGGCCGUCAUGCUGCUGGUCGGGUACAUACGUCCCCUAGAGAUGAUGAUCGGUGGGGCGGUGGUGGCCAUCGUCUUCCUGGCCUUUGUCCUGGCCUCGGAGAACCGCACCACCGUGCGCCGCUUCAAGCGCAACCGACCGGGCUUGGCGGUGUGUGCGGUGCUCGUGGCCAGCGGCAUGAUGCUGCACCUGCUCGGAGGAAUCCUGGUCUUUGUCUUCGGCAUCACCUUCCCGCUACUCUGUGAGCACCAUAACUCGCAUAGCGAAAGAACG